AUGGACUUGGCUCUUCAUUUUCCUUGUGUUUCCCCGUUGAUCAAACAAGGAUUCAGGAGAGCCAAUCAUCUUCCUCUUCGAGAUUCUCAUUCUCCAAGCUGGCCUCAAGAGAAAUCUUCUUCUUCAAUGGGAAGAUUGAAGAAAGGAUAUGUUUGUUGCAAGAAAUCGACUGAUGAACAGAGCUCAAGCUCGAGUAAAUUAAAGCAAGAGGAGAUCAUUUCUCUCUUCAGACGGAUUCAAUCUUCAAUCUCCAAAGGAGAGUCUCGGGGAGAUGAGGAGAAGAAUCAGAAUCGCGAUGGGACUUCUGAGAAUGAGCCUCUGAGCAAAGCUAUUCUUGACGUUCUUGAGAAACAAAGAAAGAAAACUGAGGGAGAUACUGGUGUGAAGGCGGUGCCACCAAAGAGACAAGGAAACGUAGCUCGGCCACCUUCUGGUAUUGCCAAGAGAUCUCCUUAUAGACCUCAAAGAGAGCUCAAAGAAGUUGCAAAGAACAGGGGAAUCAAAGGAUACUCAAAGUUGAAAAAGAGUGAGAUCCUGGAGAGACUUAGAUCAUCAUGA